GAGAUCGCAGAGACCUCACACCGUCCUGUCCAUUCAAGUAACCAGACCGUGAUUCAGUCGUUUUGUUCCCUCUGCCAAAAAACAUUUCAGACCUUUUAGUGUGCAGGACAAAACAACCAACACUGCGCAAGCAUCACAACAAAGUGCAUACAAGUCGCAUCGAGUACGCUUUUUGACGUUUCUAUUUACUGAGAGGACAGGCCCCCGCCAAACGAACCAAACAUCAUCAUGUCGGCGGUGCUUCCAGCAGCAGAUUCAGCAACUGCGGCCACCGCCACCGCCACCUCUGACAUUGCAAUCCCGGAUGUUGCGUCUGCCAUCAUUGCACCGGCCGCAGCAGGACUCGCCGCGGUGGAUCCUGAAAACCAACCGCGCGCAUUGGCCGUCAAAUCUAAUAAUGUCGACGUAUCCCUGUUGCACGAGCGCAUAGAAGAGUCCUCCAAUGCGUCGAACGCUGCUCGUACAACCGUCCACCCCAUGCCGGCGCCCAAACCCGAAUCUCGCUUUGCAUCGUUCAAAAAGUCGCUGCGUCGCUCGCUCAAGCGAUACUCGAUUGAAAUGAGCAUUCCUGCGGUGGCAGCUCCUCCGCCGGACGCCGAAGAUAUCAACCAUAUUGCCGAGGAGGACGAGGAGGGACCGUCGGGUGACGACGACAAGCCGCCGCCGUCCCCAUCGAUGCAGCCAUCGAGCGGCGCCGACACGCCCAACCAGGCGCUUUCGGCAGCGUCAUCCACGCCCACGUCUGGAGCAUCUUCGCCCGUCCCCGGUUCCGACGCUGAGCGCAAGGAGCGUGCAGGGUCGUUGCGCAAAACCUUUGCUCGGCGAUUUUCCUUCACGCGACUGUCCGACAAGGAGAAGGAGAAGGAGAAGGAGAAGGAGAAGGAUAAGGACGACGGCAAAAACCCCGACGGUAGCCCGCGCAAGCGCGAGCGACGACUGUCUUCCUCUUCCAUUGCGUCGCUUGGUAGUUUGAGUCACGCAUCCCUCGCCAGCAUUGCUGGUGCAGAUAAUCCGGAUAUUCGAUUUUUCGACACCAAGUUGAAAGCAUUGUUCAAGAAGGGCGCCAAGCAAUCCGAAAAACUGGCCAUCAUCCAAGAACUCAUUCCCGUGCUGCGAGUCCGUUCGUUUGAUUUUGGCACAGCUCAGUGGCCACGCCUCGUUGUUGCCGGAUCGCUUUUGGAGUGUUGGAAGUUUUUGUUAAAGAACGUGAGCGGAUCCAGCUACGAGGCUCGUGCCUUUUACUUUCGCGCCAUCGUGCUCAUCAUGAAGCGCCACGAGCUUCGCCUGCACGAGAUCACGGAUGACGCGGAGUCAUUACUGCCCGACCUGUACUCGGAGUACUCGCGGCUCGUUUGGGACACCCACUCGUACGUGAUUGAGCGGCUGACGCGCAAGCUCGCGUUCGUGUCACUCCUUGGAUUCAGCCUUGAAGUUCUGGCCAUCAAUUACUUUUUGAUGCCUACCCUGGCUUCGCACAUUGUCCAGGUGGUUGAGCAAUCCUACCAGGAUGCCGAGCCAGAACUGGAUGCAGAGGUGAAUGAGCUUGUGGCGGAAAUUCGCCACAAGGACGCGGCCAACAACACCUUCCCGCGUCAUCCUCGCCGCCGCACUUCCAGCGUGUCCGGCAUGAGCACCACGCUGCCUUCUACAUUCGAGGGUCUGGCUCCUCUGCUGGAGGUGCACUCGGAUGCCGGUUCGCCGCCUGAGUCUCCGACCUCUGCGCCCCAUCCGACCACGACUGCGGCGGCAACGAUUGCUGCCAAUCUGGCCGCGGGGAAGACCGACUCUGUGGUGAAGUCCGCGUCCACCUCGUCCCUCCUGAGCCUGCAUGCCGCCAUGGCAGGCAAGACGCUCGACACCAAGCCUGUGGUGAAGGGCCCGUGGCUCGACAAGUUUAGCAUUCGCAAAGAGCCCGAGUUUUUCCUCAUGUUUUUGAAAACCCUGUGUCGCCGCAUUGGCGAAAUCAACCUCCCGACAGCGCACGGCUCGCCGUCAGGUAUUGCCUUGCAGGCGGGAGGCGGCGGCGUUGGCAUUGGUGGACUGGGCCCCAUGUCGCCCGGUCUGUCCAUCCCGACUCCCAUGAGCGGUAGCGAGAGCAUGCUUUCCACCUCGCCGGGCAAUGCGAGCAGCCUGCUGUCAACCUCGCCAUCCAACGCCAACUAUCUCUCCACCUCACCGUCCAACGGACUGGCGCUCAAGUCGGAGCCAUCCGACGACGGCAAUCUGCUCCCACCAGGCGUGGACACUUCGCGUCGCCUCUCGCUCGGGCGGGACGACAAGAACGUUGAGAUUGACUGGUUUGCCGUCCGCGGGUAUUCGACUUUUCUGAAGAGCUUUGUCGCGCUGGCGCUUUCCAACUAUUUCCCUGCCGAUGUGCGGGAAUCCAUGCAGCCCCCACCGCCAAUGGUUCCAACCUACUCGCAGCCGCAUUUGGCACACUCUGGAGUCGGUCCUGCCGCUGCUGCUGCUGCGGCCGCCACGACUGGCGCCUCUCAUGCAGACAAAAAGCCCGCCAAACCCGCUGCAGCGCCCGCCCCUUCAACGCUGACCUCCUUCUUUACCCCCGAGUUGAUGGUUGUCUUUGAAAACCCGCAUGUCAUCAACAUUGUGACAAAGGUGUUUUUGCGCCGAACCAGCGUGAUUAACAUUCGCGCAGUCACAUGCACCAUGUCCUUCAUCCACGACCUCGUGUCGCACUAUUGCCACCUCCAAAUGCGCCCGCUGCCGACCGAGUUUGACUCUGACUACUUCCUCAAGGCCAUUUCGGUGCUUUUCGAGUCGCAGCACUAUGUCGUGCUGAUGGCCACGCUGUCCUUCCUCUACCGGCACAUGCACGUCUUCAGCGAGGCCUGCAGGCAAGAUCUUACCACCAUGCUCACCUCGCGCUUCUUUUUCAAGUUCUUCUUGCACUGGCAAGGUUCUGUCCGAUGGUUUUUCUACCACAUUCUUCUUUACCGCAUGAUGCCUUUCAGCCAGUUGAAGAGCAUUGAGGAUUUCAUUUCUGUUGAAGCAACUGGCCCCGAGCAAUUCCCUGGUGCAUUUAGCAACUGGUGCCAAGCCAACCCGAUGCCUGAUCACGAUGUUGCGAUUGCUCGCAAAAUGCACGAGUCGGUCAUGUGCAUUCGUGCCCGCUACACGGUGCUGGUGACGUUGGCCCGUUCGGCUCUCCAAGCCCAGCACGCCCAAAACAACCCUGCCGCGGCCACAGCUGUCACUCCCGGGGCAGUGUCACCGGCUGCAGUCGCCCUGGCUUUCGGAGCCCCACUGUUGCGACCACCAGUGUUUGCGCUUGACUUUGAGCUCGAGAACUUUUCCUACCAGGAUUCUGGUUCGACCAGCAAGAAUUUGGACGCACACUGUGGCUUGGCCGGCUGCAAGCUCGGCGACAUUGCUCGCGCCCUGAAAGAGUACAUUGACUGCCAAGCCGAGAACAUUAAAUGGAUUCGCGAGCGCGUGAGUCAGGGCAUGCUGCCGGCCGCCGAGGACAUUCACCAAGCCUUCCCGAAGCUGCUGCUCAAGCUUCCCAAUCUGAAAGCCGAGUAACAAACACCCUCGAGUUAAUCCACUUUUUUUUUUCCCCAAUCCAUUGUUAUUCUAUUUCCUUCUCACCCGAAAAUCGAGCUGUGUGUUCUUGCAUUUCCUUUUUAUUUUUUUGCUUGUUUGUUCUUUUGAUUCUUGUGAUUGCUUCAUGUUGCUGCAUGUUUGUGCUUGAUUGGUGAAAAGAGAGAGAUUUCUUAACCCA